CUUACUUAUUACUCAUUAGUUGGAUUUACAAUACGUGAGCUCACGUCCAUAUAGUCAUUUUUUGACUGUUCAUCUUUACUUUUAAAAUCUCUAAAUUGGAAUAUUGUCUUGUUGAAACAAUCUCCUUUAUGUCCCACAGUAAGCUUGAAAGAAUUUGGUAUGAUUAUAUAAUUAACAAACUCUUGACCGUGAACAAAUUUAAAGUCCGUCAAAUAGGUUUUUUUGGUCCUGAAACUGCAUCACUCGAUUGCACCCCAUCAAACUCUGGACGGAUGCCAUAAUUGACAAUAAAAAAUAAAUACAGUGUAUUGAUCGAUAAAAUUAAAAAUGAAAAAACUCAAAAAUUCUUGUUUUAGUGAUUAAGCCAUAGGUAAUUAACUAAGUUAGACAAAUAAGUAGAAAUUAUCUUUUUGUUUGGCUUUGUUAUAGGUAUGAUAUGGAGCUGCACAUGGUUCACUUAAGCAAUGACCCAAAUGUGAAAAAUAACAUUACUGUAAUUGGACAACUCUACAAAAUUGGCCAUCCUGAUGCUUUCCUUUCCAAGUUGCUCAGAGACAUAAAGGGUAUGACUGAUCAUAAGCAAGAGAGAUCCAAAGGAAUGAUAGAUCCAAACGACAUAAAAAUGAAUGGCAAGAAGUAUUACAGAUACUUGGGUUCCCUCACUGUUCCUCCUUGCACUGAAGGUGUCAUUUGGACCAUUAACAAGAAGAUAAGAACUGUUUCAAAAGACCAAGUUAAAGCACUCAGAGAGGCUGUCCAUGAUUAUGCAGAGAAAAAUGCAAGACCAGUACAACCAAUCAACAAAAGAGAGAUCAAACUUUAUGGCAAUGAUUAACAGAAUUAUCCAACUGGUUUAACAACUUUAAUAGAGUUUUUUUCUUUUUUUCUUUUUCUUGAAAGAACUUUAAUAGAGUUAUUAUUAUCUAUAUAUUUCAUGUAACACAGGCCAUGAUUUGAGUAUUCAUUGAUUUUUUUUU